GGGACUCCAGGGACCCGCCACCGCCCUGCUCGCCUCCACACGCCCCACGCGGCCGCCGAGACCGCCCCCGCUCCUGCAAAGGGUUCCUGCGCAGCCGUGACGUCACGGCGUCGGGGCGGGGCCCGCGGCGGGGGCGGGGCCGCUCCCGGAUCUCGCGGAGGGGGCGGGCCGGGGGCGGUGGCCCGGCGGGGAGCGCUCAGCCUCUGAGGUACGGGCGUUUAGAGCGCGCCCGCUCGGCUGGAGGCAGGUGCGGAGAGCCGUGGGGGUCGGGAUGUCAGGGCCGCCCACAGUCCCGGAGCAGACGCGCCCCGAGCAGAGCGCGCCGGGCCCGCGGCGCGCAGGCUUCGUGCUGGGGCUGGACGUGGGCAGCUCGGUGAUUCGCUGCCACGUCUAUGACCGCGCGGCGCGGAUCCGCGGCUCCAGCGCUCAGAAGGUAAAAAGUCUUUAUCCUCAAGCUGGCUGGGUUGAAAUUGAUCCUGAUAUUCUCUGGCUUCAGUUUGUUGCUGUAAUAAAAGAAUCUGUCAAAGCUGCAGGACUAGAGAUGAAUCAAAUUGUCGGUCUUGGCAUUUCAACACAGAGAGCAACUUUUAUUACGUGGGACAAGAAAACGGGAAAGCAUUUCCACAACUUCAUUAGUUGGCAAGACCUAAGAGCUAUUGAACUUGUAAAAUCUUGGAAUAGUUCUCUUUUAAUGAAGCUCAUACACAGUUCCUGCCGAGUGCUGCACUUCGUCACUAGAAGUAAACGAUUUUUAGCAGCCAGUUUGUUCACUUUCACAACCCAGCAUGUUUCUUUGAGAUUGGCCUGGAUUUUGCAGAACCUGACUGAGGUGCAAAAGGCAAUUGAAGAAGAAAAUUGCUGCUUUGGGACUAUUGAUACCUGGUUGUUACAUAAGCUCACAAAAGGUUCUGAAUUUGCCACAGAUUUUUCAAAUGCCAGUACAACUGGACUUUUUGACCCAUAUGAGAUGUGUUGGAGUAAGCUCAUCACCUCCCUGCUUUCAAUCCCGCUCUCUCUCCUGCCUCCCGUGAAGGAUACGAGCCACAAUUUUGGAUCAGUGGAUGAAGAGAUAUUUGGCGUGCCUAUACCAGUAGUGGCCUUGGUUGCUGACCAGCAAUCAGCCAUGUUUGGAGAAUGCUGCUUCCAGACAGGAGAUGUGAAGUUAACCAUGGGAACUGGGACAUUUUUGGAUAUUAAUACUGGAAAUAACCCUCAACAGAGUGUUGGAGGCUUUUAUCCAUUAAUUGGGUGGAAGAUUGGGCAAGAAGUGGUGUGCUUAGCUGAAGGCAAUGCAGGAGACACCGGUACUGCCAUACAGUGGGCUCAACAGUUAGAUCUGUUCACAGAUGCUGCUGAAACUGAAAAAAUGGCCAAAAGUUUGGAAGAUUCUGAAGGAGUUUAUUUUGUUCCAUCUUUUAGUGGAUUGCAGGCUCCAUUAAAUGACCCCUGUGCAUGUGCCUCUUUUAUGGGUUUGAAGUCUUCCACCAAUAAAUACCACCUUGUACGAGCAAUAUUGGAGUCAAUAGCUUUCAGAAACAAACAGUUAUAUGAGGUGAUGCAGAAAGAGAUCCACAUUCCUGUAAGAAAAAUCCGAGCAGAUGGAGGAGUUUGUAAGAACAGUUUUGUCAUGCAGAUGACUUCAGACCUGAUUAACGAGACGAUAGACAGACCCGUCCACGUUGAUAUGUCCUGCGUAGGUGCAGCUUCUCUAGCUGGCCUUGCUGUUGGGUUUUGGACUGACAAGGAGGAACUAAAGAAACUGAGGCAAAGUGAAAUAGUUUUCAAGCCACAGAAGAAAUGGCAAGAAUAUGAAAAGAAUAUGGGAAACUGGGUGAAAGCAGUGAAACGCUCCAUGAAUUGGUAUAACAAGACAUAGCACUAACGGAAUGACUGAAACCACGCGUGGUUGGUUGUGUGAUGUGCAGAUGAGACAAAGCUCAGGGACAACAAUACGACCACGACUGAGAGGAGAAGACUGGAGCCGAGCUCUGCAACCCGAGAGAAAAAGCACUGCUUUUUUGAAAACAAAACAAAACCCCUCAUUGAAAAAAAUUCUAAACCUUGGUAAGAUUGUAAGGCAACAAUACCUCAGAACUUUUAAAUCUUCUGUUUUGUAGCAAAUUCCCAAGGACGUUAGCCAUUUCCAACCAUGUUUUGACAGUCACGGGUCCUCCUCCUGUUUGUACUGGGCCAAUAUGAACAUAAUUGUUUACUAUCUGAGUAAAUAGUUCCGGGUCAAGCACCGUUCGUGUUUUGUUCCAAAAUGAUGUGAAAAGUGUUCCCUUAAUUCUUUAAAAUGAAGUGGGCUAUUUGAAGUCCAUAUAGCUAAAAAGAAAGAAUAACCAAGAAAAUGUGGAAUUUUGAAACAUUAGUAUUUUCUAUUUAAAGCCAUAAUUGUUCAGUGUUGUAUCCAAAUAUGAGCUCAAUAUGUCUCUCUUAGAUAGGCUCAUUUGGUAGUCAAUUCUUUCCUUUACUGGGUUUAAAGACACUGCCUUAAUUUUUCCUUGUUUAACCGAAAUCUGAGCUUUCUUUAUAUAUUGAAAAACACUGAAAAAAAUCAUUUUAGUCAAUAAAACCAAAAAGCAUAUUGAUUCAUAAAGAAUAGGAGAAUACUUUCCUUCUCAGAUAGGAUUUCUUUCAAAAAUUUCUGGGUAAAGUAUAAAAUCUCAUUUUUUACAAAAUACAGGUAGUAUAUAUAAAUCUUGCCUUUCUUCUCCUCUUCUCUAUCCUUCUUACUUGUUGAGAUGCUGGUGUAAACGUCUUUUAUUUUUAUUAAGUGCCUAGAUGACAGAGCUUAAUUUGAAGAAAGUGCCCUAAUUUAUUGGUGACUUAAGAAUUGCCUUCAUUGUGGUAUUUUGCUUGUCCAGGUAUCUUCCUUAUUUUUGUCCAGUCUACUCAUCUCUCUGAGAUUUGUGCAGUGAGGUAGCUGACAGAGGGGAUGGGAGUGUGGUCAUGCUAGUGACUGCCCCUCGGCCACUGAGCCAGAGAUCCACAGAGAGGAACAGCGAGAGCCCUACAUUUUCAAACUCACUUGAUAGAAACAAGGUAGAGUAAGGUAAGACGUAAGAGUUGCGAGUAGCUUCAGGCCGGAUGUAAAAUUGUCCUAAGGCAAGUUGACCACCUUCCAACAUGUUCUCGUGUUAUUUGCCCCUCCCUGUUUGUGGGCUAGGUUCCUUUUAGAUUUGCAGCAAUAAUGUAUUUAUUUCCCUCUUGGUCAGGCUUUAUCAUAUCACAUAAAGUCCUACUGUUAUAGAGCUCACUGUUAAAUAAUAAUAUAAUUAAAGAAGUGACUGUUAUAGGGAAGUUUGCUGUUACUAUCAUGUAUGUCCAUUUCAGAGACAGGUAAUAGAUAUUAGACUUGGAAAUAUUUUUGUUAAGUCAAGAUGUUUUGUUUACUGUAAUAAGUCAGAUCCCCUUAUGUAGAUAAUAUCUUACUCUUCUUUUCAUUCUUUCUGUUAUUCACAUCCUUUUUUACAAAGCUUAGUGGCCAAUUAAAAGCUUUCUUAUCAAAGUCAUAUGAAAGCCACUCUGUUUUACUAUUUCUUAUAGAGUCUGCUUCUCAGUGGGUAUGAUGUCCAUAGGAAGUAAUUGUCUUUUUGUAUUAGGAUGUACUGAAUUGUGAUAUUAUUAAUACCUAAACAUUUGUUAGUUCAUUCAUUUUCCACAUUGUUCUUUCUCAUCAUGAAACCACAAAAUAAAGGAGAAAUGUCUUUUAGAUAAUGUGGAAAAAUAACUUUGAAUAUCUUUUUACUGGAAUUGAGCAUCUCCUCAAAAAUGAGUGGCUAAUUUUUUCUUCCAUUAGUUUAGAAGUUAAUCUUCUAUUUUUAAUAUGUCUGGCCUUUUUUUUAGUAACACAGUUUACUAAAUCUUUUGUCAGAUUUGACCUAAAUCAGAAACAUGACCACAUUUGCUUUUGUGGUUGUAGAAAGUGUUGAUUAUCAGAAUCAAUUGAGCAAACAAUUGUCCUCUCAAGUUUAUUUUUCAUAUGUAUGCUAAUAAUUGAAGUUAAAAAAAUUUCUAUGCUAAUAUUUCUCAGCAUGUUUUAUUUCCUCACUAUGGGUCUAUCAGAUAAUUUUAGGAGAUCUGUAGCUAUCUUAUCAAGGAGGAGAAUCUUCCUGUACAAUCCUUCCUAAAGUGGUACUAAAUGCUUUUAUACUAUAGACUUACUGAUUUUUAAAUUUUUUUAUAUCCAACCAUGACAUGGUUUCUCAACCUCAGCAUCAUUGACAUUUGAAGGCAGAUAAUUCUUUGUUUUGGGGUGCUAUGUAUUAUAGGAUGUUUACCAGAUCCCUGACCUUUACCCACUGGCAUCCAUCUACUUAAUGAUGGCAAAAUGUCUCCAAACAUUGCUAAAUGUCCCCUGGGAGACAAAAUCACCCCCCAGUUGAGAACGAGUGAUGUAGACUGUUGGAAGAAAACUGAAGACUCAGUGAAUGUAGAGUGUCUAUCGUAGUCCUUUUCUCUCUGCUUCAUUUUUACCUUAAGGAAUGGUUGUUAGCAAAAAGAAGUAGGAGUAUCUUAAAAUAAAUAGCGUUUCUACUUUGCUGGUUAAUGAGGUGGGGAAAAAAUGUCAUGUUGUAAUUGUCUUCUGCUGUUUUUAUCCACCUACCCUCACCCCCAUGUCUGCAUUCUCUGUGGUCUUAAUGAGUGAGUUUAUGACUUCAGUAUGGGAUUAAUGUAGUCUCCAGAUCAUCUUUGAUUUGAUCUGCCUUUUUAUUUCCUUUUCAUCUCUGAACAAAGGAGAUGAUUGCUCUUUUAUCUGCCUCUGCGCAAGCCUCCACCAAACUAGAAGUUCCCUGAAAGCAGAAAACAUGUCUGCUUCCACAGAACUUAACUCUGUGCCUUCAUAUUUGUGGGAUGAAUUUUUACUUUGUGUUUGUAAGUGCAACUUUUUUUGCAUAUACAUUUUGUCCUUGAUGUUACAUAUGUUUAUUGAUAGGGAGCAGCUUCUAUUUGUUACAGUAAAGUAUGUUUUGUUGGAUUAAGAAGGACUACUUUGUUAUGAGAACUAGAAUCCUCAUACUGUUUAUUUUAAAAUUCUUUGUAUGUUUAUAUAUUUGCAUAUCUAUUUGUGUAGAGAUACACAUAUUAACUUUCGAAGGUACAACUGAAGCCUUUCUAUUCACAGGUUUUGUGUAUUUGACUGCAGAUGACUCACAGAUUGAAUCUUAGGAACGCCAAACACUCUCAUGUUAGAGGGAAGAAACUUCAGAAAUACCCCCUUUUGCAAGGCACUUAUACUGAGGACCAGUCUUUAAUUAAAAAAAUAAUCUAGCACAGGAGUUUGGCAGUAAUUUUAAAAUUCUUUGAGGUGAGACAUAGCUGGACCCUGGGGCUCCUCAACUUUAAGUGAUUCUAAUCAUCCCAGAGAUAGCCUAGAAGGCUUUAAUCUAUCCCAGAGGAUUCUGAAUCCCUUUGGGAAAUUUAUAUCAUGUUUCUCAAUUAAAAUUAAAAGCCCAAAACACACCCUGGAUCUAUCUGGUCCCAGAGUCCUCAUCUUGCAUACUCAAAUCCAGGUCAUCUGGUUCAAACCAGCCUAAAGGGGUAACUCCAAAGAAGUCAAAUAGGCCAUCAAGAAUCACAUUGUUUUUUAAAUUUUGGAUCCUCAUAGCUGUAAAUAUUUUGGCACCAGCAUCUAUUGUGAGUCACUGGUUAUUUUGUCACCAUAUUCCCAUGGGACCUUUACCCCUAGAGGGAUGCAGGAAUGAUCAUGGGAAUGGGAAUGAUAGAGGCAGGAACCUGCAGAAUCAGAUGUUUCUGAAAUUCUCUGUUAUUCUAUUUCCAUUGUCUUUCCCCCCACUUUACAUUACAUUUGGUUUAUUAAAAUAAAAUGGGUGUGUCUGUAUAGAUAUCUAUAUUGUGUAGAAAAUAAAUGAUAAGGUUUCCAAUUUAAAUGAGCCAUAUCUUUACAAGAAACUGCCAAACUGUUUUCCAGAAUAGCUGUACCAUUUUACAUUCCCACCAGCAAUGUAUGAGUGAUCCACUUUCUCUACGUUCUCACCAGCAUUUGAUGUUGUCACCAUUUUUUACUUUAGUCCGCUGUGGUGAGUGUGUGGUUUUCUCAUUGUGGAUUGAAUUUGCAUUUCCCUAAUUAAUAAUGAUGUUGAACAUCUUUUCAUGUGCUCUUUUGCGAUCUGUUUGUCCUCUAGUGAAAUGUCUGUCCAUAUCUUUUGUCCAUUUGCUAAUUGGGUUGUUUGCUAAAGGAGCCAUAUCCUUAAAGGAAUAUCCUUUUUAAAAACUUAAAAAAAAAAAAAAUCAGUCCAGUGACUUAAGAA